UACCCAAACAGCAUGUCACUUUAAUCACCGGCGUCUCGUAUAUAAACUCGAUGUCAGAAAGUUUGAUAGGUUCCGAGUCAGAAUCCAUGAAUCACUGCAUGCCUAAUCUCUCACCUACUUGACGCCAAAUUUCAUUUCUAAGUAUCUGUAAUUUAUGAAUUUAAUUUGUUCUUUGAUUCCUGAUAGUAAGGAAAAAAUAGGAAUACAGAGAUUAUGUGGUAAAAAUUAAAAAAGGAAAAAAAAAAGUAUCAGUACUAAAAAGCUGUGAAAUUUUUAGGGAAAAAUUGGUGGUGGUGGUGGUGGAUCUGUAAGAAUCUGCUGCAUGAGAGAAGAGGGGGAGGAGGAAGAGGCAUAGGUUAGGAGAGGUGAGAGCAGACGAGUAGGACUAGAGUUGAGAGAUUGAGGCGGCACAACAUGUCUGCAAUAUUGUGCGGCAAGAGAUCGAAUUUCUUUGAGGAUUUGCAAUCGUCACCUUCUUCGACAUCGCCGCCGCCCGUUUCCAAGAGAAUUCGCUGCUCAUCUUCUUCGCCUGUUAGAUUUUCUCCGCCUCGGUCCACCGCCGCCGGAGGAGCCUCCUCUUCCUAUUUUUCUGCUAAUUUAUUUACAGGUGUUUCGUUUAAUUCUUCGGCCCUUGAUCAUCUUAUUGGCCUCUUCCCCGAUAUGGACAAACAGCUACUUGAGCGAGCACUUGAAGAAUGUAGUAAUGAUUUGGACUCUGCUAUUAGGAGCCUAAAUGAGCUUCGGUUGACUUCUAUGGAGAAUUUGGAAUCUGCUGCAAGCAAUGAUGCAAAGGAGGUCCAUGUCCAACUCCCAGAUAAAUGUUGUGCAAUAAGCAACGGGGAGGCUGCCUCUGUGCAGGAUGCAUCAGCCUCAGAAAAGCACUCCAUUGACAAAGCAGAAUGGGUUGAGCACUUUGUUAGAGAAAUGAUGAGUGCUUCAAACAUAGAUGAUGCUAAAGCUCGUGCAUCAAGGACUCUCGAAGUUUUGGAGAAGUCCAUUCGUGUACAUGCAACUGUAGAGGCAGCCCAGAGCUUUCAGCAGGAGAAUGUUAUGCUUAAGCAACAGCUUCAGGCACUGAUGCAGGAAAACAACGUUUUGAAGAGAGCAGUUUCUAUUCAACAUGAGCGACAGAAGGAGUUUGAUGACAGGAGUCAGGAGUUGCAUCACUUAAAGCAGCUGGUGGCUCAGUACCAGGAGCAGCUCAGAACACUAGAGGUCAAUAAUUAUGCUCUUUCAAUGCACCUCAAGCAGGCUCAGCAAAAUAACUCAAUUCCAGGACGCUUUAACCCUGAUGUCUUUUAAAGAUCUUUGUCACAUAUAUUUGAUUAUGUUGUGAGAAAAAGCAGAGGAAGGAGAUGUACUCCCUUUGUGGAAGUUGUAGAUCGUUUUCCUGAGAUUGUUUUAAUAAGAUCUCGACAUUAUUUUGAUUUUCCUGCAAGGGCCGUCUUUUUGA